AUGGAGUCCGUCAAGAGCAUCACACUCCCGACGGAGCGCCCUGCGCUUCAAAAAAUCUCCCUGGAACAGUCGUAUUUAAAGAUCGGCCUGCUUCUGGCGCUGAUUACGACCGUCUUCUUUGUUACACGCGCUGUUUAUCGUCUACUUUUUCACCCUCUAAGCGGGUUUCCUGGGCCAAAGCUAGCGGCCAUUUCACAUCUGUAUGAGUUCUACUAUGAUGUGAUACGGGGUGGAACCUACAUAAAGAAAAUCGAUCUGAUGCAUCAAAGAUAUGGGCCAAUUAUACGGAUCAACCCACGCGAACUGCAUAUCAAAGACUCACAUUACUAUGAACGAAUAUAUGCUGGAUACCCUCACAGGCGGGAUAAGGAUCCUAGUUCUACCGCCAUUUUCACGACGCCUCUCCCGAUGGUUGCCACAGUGCACCAUGAACAUCACCGUCUCCGCCGUAGUUUUCUGAACAACUUCUUCUCUAAGCGCUCUAUAAAGGAGAUGGAGCCAUGUAUUCAGGCAAAGGCGAACAGACUGAUAAGUGUUUUUCGAACUGCAUACAAGAGCGGCACAGUUCUUGAGCUUCAUCGCGUUAUGUCUGCGCUCACUGCGGAUGUGGUGACCACCUGCUGCUUCGGAGCCAGCCAUAGCUAUCUCGACCAAAAGACUUUCGAGAAUCAGAUGAUUGAUGCGGUCAACUACGUUCUAUCCAUGUGCCAUAUCAAUAAGUUCUUGCCAUUGAUUCCCAAGCUUCUCAGACUUGUACCGCAGCGGUUGCUACGGAACAUGGGAGUAUACAUGGCCGAUGUGAUCACAGUGACACAUUUGAUCCGACAGCAGGCACUUGAGUCCCUCUGCAAGACGAAGGUCACUGAUAAUACUGAUGCCGAUGCCCCGCUCGCCAGUACUAUAUUCGAUGCUCUCGCUGCUACAAAUGUGCCAAAACAAGAAAAGUCUGCCUACCGACUUGAAGACGAGGCAGCGGCCAUUUUUGGCGCUGGAACAGAGACCACAUCACGAGCACUUUCGGUAGCCUUGUUCUUUUUACUGAGUGAAAGACCCUUGAUGCUGAAGCUUCGUGAAGAGCUGGAGGCACAUUUCCCUUCAUCAGGGAUUCAACCAAGUUCUACCCAACUUGAGAAAUUGCCAUACCUGACACCCGUUAGCCAGUCUACGUACUUUGUCCAUAUGGACCCAGACAUAUUUCCUCAUCCGGAAAGUUUCAAUCCUGAACGAUGGGUUGAAGCUUCGAAGCAAGGCCAGUAUCUAAACCGUUUUCUUGUUGCCUUUGGCAAGGGAAGUCGGCAAUGCCUAGGGAUAAACCUUGCAUAUACGGAACUCUACCUCAUUCUAGCAACCGUAGUUUGUUCGGUCGAUAUGAAGCUGGUGGAAACUACGGUAGAAAAUAUCCAAAUGGGACGAGAUCUGGGUCAUCCAGCUCCUAAAAAAGGAGGGUUCGCCGUUAAGGUUAUGGUCACAGGUAUUCGAGAUAUAUAG